AUGGUCAACACAUCGCUGAAACGGAGACGGACCGAAGAGCAGUUGCGCGGAAAGGUGCCGAAGAAGGAGAAGAGAAAGGUCAAGAAGCAGAAGCACUACCACAGUUCAAGCGACGAAGAAGAGGGUGCCGCGCGCGAUGCUCCCUUGCGCGGAAGCAGCCAAGAGCCAGAAGAGCCAUUCCAGCCUUCUGGAGUCAAUGCGAUGCUACCGGGCAAGCAAGAGUUGUCCAAGCAACAGCUGAGGAAGCAAGCCAAGUUUGAGGCCAAGAAAGCAGCACAGCAAGCGGCGGCAGCAGAGGAGUCUUCAGCCAGCGACGACGAUGACGAAGUUGAAGCGGCGCCUCCGACGAAGCCUGAGCCCAAGUUUAAGGCUAGCAUACCUGCAAAGGCCCCAGCAAAGUCUGCGUUAAAGAAGACUGCGCCCGUCGAUCACGAAGCCCCAUUACCCAGCGACGCCGAAGACGACCAAGACGACCAAGACGACUCUGAGCCUGAAGCGGAUGAGUUCUCCAUCGCCGACUCGGAAUCAGAUGCAUCAUCCGUAUCUGAGACCUCAACCACCGCCGCGCGCAAAGUACGAAAGCGAAACGACCCUGAAGCCUUCGCCAACUCGAUAUCCAAGAUCUUGGGUUCCAAACUGACAACCUCGAAACGUUCCGAGCCUAUUCUGUCCCGCAGUAAAGAUGCCGCAACCGCCAAUCGCGAGCUUGCGGACUCGAAACUCUCCGAGAAAGCGCGUCGACAAAUCGUUGCUGAGCGCAAGGCGGCACAAGAGAAAGGCCGCGUGAAGGAUGUUUUGGGCCUCAACGACCCGAAUGUCAGCACAGCUGCUACAUCGGCAAAGGAGAAGGAACUUAGGCGGACGGCACAGAAGGGUGUUAUCAAGUUGUUCAACGCUGUGAGGGCGGCACAAGUCAAGGGUGAACAAGCGGAGAGGGAGAGCAAAGCGGGCAUGGUGGUUGGCAUGGACAAGAGGGAGGAGAAAGUCAAGGAAAUGAGCAAGCAGGGUUUCCUAGAUAUGAUUACUGGAGGACAGAAGAAGGAGGGCAGCGUGGAGGCUUGA